AUGCCGCCAAAUUUUGAGGUGGAUCAUGAAUCAAAGAUUUUGAUUUUCGUAUCUGCAACUUCAUCUUUGCAAUUGACAAACUUGCUACUGGAUGCGUUCAAUUUCGAGCUUUGUUUACGUAAACUUGCCUUGUCUGAACAAAGAAUCGUCCGAGACACGAGACAUAACUCUGUAAAGGCAUUGGUACUCCGGCUCUUUUCGAAGUACGUUCUUAACUACUCUUUGUUCGUAUCUGGUGAACACGCAUCGUUUAAGCCGUGGGAUGAGUUGGAAUUGCUGUUCAACGGGUAUGGAAAGCCAAAAUUAGGGAGACUGGACUCGUCGAAGAUAGAAUUCAAUUCUUCAAGCUCUAAUAAUCUUGCAAGUAUCACUGUUCAGUUCAAUUCUGAUUCACCAGUAGGCAUAGACUUAUCCCAUGAGUCACAGGACUCCAUCUCAUCUACAGACUUCAUGCUGCAGUUCCAGGGCAUCUUCACUAGGGCGGAAAUUGAUCAGUUGGAAUCAAUUGAUGACGUUCAUUUGAAGUACUGUACCUUUAAUCACUUCUGGACCCUCAAAGAGGCAUUCGCCAAAUUUUUGGGUACCGGCUUGAACAUAGAUUUAACAUCAUUCGGUUUCCAACUCGGAAAUCAUUUAGCAUUUCAAAAGGACAAAACCACUCCAUCGAGUGGAUCUAGAGAGUUGGACUGGCACCACGACAUUACGGUUGAUAUAGGAGACUUGCCAGAAGACAUCAGAAAGGAUAUUCAGACGAAACCUAUAAAAUGUUCAUCGACGAUACUACAGCCAUCUUCUGGACAAUUGCUACCAGUGAUCAUGUCUGUUGUGCACCAGACCAAUGUAGAGCACUACCAGUGUAUUCAAAUAGAUAUGGAGAAGAUUGUCAAGGGGAUCAUCGACGGAAAUGAGUCUUACCAGGUAUAG